AUGAGCUCCUUCCUCAUGAACGGGGGAUACCAACCGCAACCCGACCCUAAGUUCCCACCCUCGGAGGAGUACAGCCAGGCAGACUACAUCCCACCAGGGGAAUACUACCAGCACCAACUCCAGUAUGGAUACCAACAAUACCCAGUACAAAUUGGGGCUGGCUAUGGUUAUGGCGGCUACUACCAUCCUAUACCACAGCAUCCCCCAGUGGCGCCACCACCACGACCGCCGGAACCUUCACAUCCGUCUGAUGCAGAUCACGGCUACAUUCACACUGACCCAGCCCCAGGCUUAGCAGAACUGGGUUUACGGCUCGAAAGGCAUAUAGAGGAAGCCGCACCAGCUGGAAGAAAGCUUCAAGCACUAGGGCGCGAAGGCUCUCCAGCUUCGGAGCUGGAUGAUGAGAGGUUAUUACUGGACAGUCCACCCAUGGACGACGAUGACUCUUCAAUAUGUUCAGAUAAUACUGAUCGAGUUAUUUAUCCAUGGAUGAAGAAGAUACACGUGGCUGGUGCUUCAAACGGAACCUUUCAACCUGGAAUGGAACCAAAGCGACAGCGGACAGCCUACACUAGACACCAAAUAUUAGAAUUGGAAAAAGAAUUUCAUUACAAUCGCUAUCUGACAAGAAGAAGAAGAAUAGAGAUAGCACACACACUAGUCCUCUCUGAACGGCAGAUCAAAAUUUGGUUCCAAAACAGACGAAUGAAAUGGAAGAAAGACAACAAAUUGCCCAAUACCAAAAAUGUAAGAAGAAAAACGAAUCCCGCUGGUGUCACAACUACCACGACAAAAGCCACACCAAAGAGUAGAUCAAAUAAGAACACAAACAAUAAUGAUAAGAAGAAAACAAAUAAUAAUGGCCGACCAGACAGUAUAGAGAAUGUUACUGAUAAUAUUAUGAACGAUUUCGGCGGGCAACAGAAUUUAUCGCACGAUCCAGUUAUAAGUCCUAUGUCUCAUCCAGGUGUGAACCACGGGCAUUCAAUGACGGCUCACCAUUUGCAUAUGAUGGGUAUGCAUGCGGGCAUGGAUCCAGCGAUGCUUGCGAACCUUUCCGCGCAUAGUUCGCCAGUAAGUUCCGGUUGUGGCACCGGCAUCUCCAAUACUCCUCCCAUAAUCAAAUCCGACUAUGGUUUAACCGCCUUAUAA